AUGUUCAAUCUCCGAGUUCUCUGCCGAGAUCAGCCUCAACGAACGAUCGCACUGGUGACGUCGGAUCAUGUCUUGAUAUUUCACUAUAGUGCGAUUGAUGCCGGAUCUGCGUCCACACCGCGUUGCCAGGUGGAAUUUUUGGAUGUUACAUCCGCCGAUCUUGGGGCCUAUCGGUCUUUGGGUGCUGGCCAUGGCACUCUGGGGUUGGUUACGCUAAAUGAAGACCUGUUUGUCUGCGUGGUCACCACAUCAUCCCAAGCUGCUACUGUAAGACCUGGGGAAUCUGUGUCGAGGAUCGAUUCUGUAGAUUUCUACUGCCUCAACCGUUCGGAAUAUGAAUACGGUCUCGAUUAUGACUCCGGGGCUCAGUUUGCUGCUGAGGAACGGACCGGCCAAGACAGCCGGGACGUGGUGACUGAACACCCUUUCUUGGCCCUGAAGAAGCUUCUUGGGGAUGGAAGCUUUUACUACAGUCUCGACUUCAACCUCACGGAUCGUUUACAAAAUCGGUCAGAUAAGUCGGCAGCAUUUGACAUCGAUUCCCUGGAUGAGGAUAUGCUUUGGAAUUCCUAUAUGAUCAAUCCGCUUCUCCUCUUUCGGAGCCACUUGCCACCCGCAGAUAAAGCCAAGUUGGAUGCUUCUCAGCUGCUAACCUGUGUCAUUCGUGGAUACGCCAGCACUUUGAAAAUCCCUGCCACGGUUUCGAUUCUUCCCCAGGUCCGGACGAAUUUUCCAUCCCUCCUGACCAUUGUUUCGCGACAGUCCUCUCGGCGUGCGGGCACAAGAUUCAACUCGCGAGGAAUAGAUGAUGAUGGAAAUGUGGCCAAUUUUGUUGAGACAGAGUUGAUUCUCUGGGUAUCACCGGGCAUCACCUUCUCGUACGUCCAAGUUCGAGGCUCGGUCCCGAUCUUCUGGGAGCAAACACCGGGUUUGAUUCCGGGACAGCAAAAAAUCGAGAUAACACGAUCAAGUGAGGCAACGCAACAUGCAUUUAAUCGACAUUUUGAAAGUCUCGAGCUGGAGUAUGGAGCCACUCAUGUGGUUAAUCUCCUAAGCGAGCUCAGAUCUGGAGAAGCAGAGCUGUCCGCCAAGUAUCGACAACACAUUGACCGUAGUUCCUUAAGAAUGAAGGAAGAUCCUGGACACCAUAGCCUCCUACGACUGACAGAGUACGACUUUCUUGCCGAGACUCGUGGUCCAGCUGGGUAUGAGGCGAGUAACCAAAUCAAGUAUGAGUUGGCCGAGUCCCUGGACGGGUUUGCCUAUUUUUUGUCCGAGGAUUCUACACCCCCUGCUACGACUCUUUCCGAAAGAGAUGAUGUUUCCAGUGCCUCCUCGGUUAUCUUACAACAGGAAGGUGUUUUCCGGACCAACUGCCUGGACUGCCUAGAUCGCACAAAUCUUGUCCAGACAAUCAUCAGUUCGAUGGCGCUGGAGUCAUUCCUCGCGCAUCAGGGUGGGAGAUUCGGCUCGGAUAUGUCAAUGCGUCAUUCAACACUCUGGGCUGACAAUGGUGAUGCACUCUCCAAGAUUUAUGCCGGCACUGGGGCGCUAAAGUCGUCUUUCACCCGACAUGGCAAAAUGUCUCUUGCCGGAGCCCUGGCUGAUGCCCGAAAAAGUGCCACCCGGCUUUAUGUCAACAACUUUACUGACAAGGCCCGACAGAGGACUAUUGACCUUUUGUUGGGGCGAUUGGCCAAUCAAAUGCCCGUUCAUCUUUACGAUCCGAUGAAUGAUUUGGUUACUGAAGAACUCAAUCGUCGUGCUUCUGAAUAUUCUUCCACCAGACACAUCCGCCUUUGGGUGGGUACAUUCAACGUGAAUGGUCGUGAUGAGGGGCCAGGAACAGAUCUCACCCCUUGGCUUUUUCCCGAAGUAGACCAAUCAAAUGAGGAUCCGGUUAUCUUUGCCGUGGCGUUCCAAGAAAUCGUUUCCUUGAGCCCCCAGCAAAUCAUGUCAACUGAUCCGAGUACCCGCAAGGUUUGGCAGAGAGCCGUGCAGGAUUGCUUAAACAGCCACACAAAAGCAAAUGGUACGGGCAAAUAUGUGCUGCUAAGGACCGGGCAGCUCGUGGGUGCCGCGUUGAUGAUCUUCGUCAAAUCGGACGCGCUAAAAGAGAUCAAGAAUGUUGAAGGUGCCACGGGACUUUCUGGGAUUGCCGGCAAUAAAGGUGGUUGUGCGAUUCGGUUCGAAUUCGCCAAUACCAGUAUAUGUUUGGUAACCGCACAUUUGGCGGCCGGGUUUGCAAACUACGACGAGCGAAACCGAGAUUAUGAAACAAUUGAUAGAGGCUUACGGUUCCAGAAGAACCGUACGAUCGCAGAUCAUGAUGCGGUGAUUUGGCUGGGAGAUUUCAACUACCGUAUUGGGUUAGGGAAUCAGAUCGUGAGGGAUCUUCUGUCUAAGCGUGAUUACCAGAAACUUUAUGAAAAUGAUCAGUUAAAUCUACAAAUGACCGCCGGAAGAGCUUUCCAAUUCUAUUCCGAAGGCCCCAUUAGGUUUGCCCCGACAUACAAAUAUGAUAUCGGGACCGAGAACUAUGACACCUCUGACAAGGCCCGUAUUCCUGCCUGGUGUGACCGAGUGUUAUGGAGAGGAUCCAACCUGCGUCAAACUCAGUAUCAAGUGGCCAAUCUACUCGUGUCGGAUCAUCGCCCUGUAUGGGCCACCUUCGAUGGCAUAAUUGAUGUUGUCGAUCAUGGACUCAAGGAUAAUUUACGGCGUACGCUCUACAAAGAAAAGCAGCACGAUGCUCUCUCGGAUUCCAUUCAACUCCUGGAUCUGGACGAUGAUGAUGAUGGUCUAACACAGGGAUCCAUCGCACCUGGUUUACCGCCUGCCAGCUCUGAUCGAAGCAGGUGGUGGUUAGAUAACGGUGCACCGGGCAAGGCAAUAAUCCAACCACCUAGGGAAGGACUUGUUCCAAACAUCCAGCGCAAAUCCAAUCCUUUCUCCUUAGACUCCGAACCUGACUGGGUGCCAACUUCAGAGCUUACGAGAAAGAGCACCGCUGACCGGAAGCCUAUACCACCUCCACGACGUGGAAGAACCUUGAACGGGCAGGACUUCACAACGCCCAUAGAUGCAACACCACCGCUUAAGGACAAAGCGCCUCCAGUGGUUCCUCGGAAGCCCGUAUCACUAAGCUCACAAUCAUCUCCACACACGCCAAAUUCUGAAGAUCAACCCCAACCCAACUUGCGCCCAUCUCAGGGUACUAGUACCCAUGAUCUCCUUGGCGAUCCUAUGGAUCAACAAAUCGCGUGGAAACCCCUUCUUCCUCAAUGA